UUUCAAAAAUUGGACAAUGUCAAGAUAUGCCUACAGUGAUCUUAUACUUGAGGCAUUUAUAGAGUUCCAGCGUUCCAUGACCAUGGAUGAGAUAGUCGAAUAUGUGGCCGAGAUGAGCGACAGUUCGGCUUGUGAAGUUCGUUUACAGGUGGAUAAUACCCUAACAGCUGCAUGGCUGCAUGGCUUUGUCGAGCGCGACAACGAUCUAUAUUCGUUGGCACAAAAAGUAAAACGUCUCCCGAGUGAUUCCAAUCUGGCGUACAGAUAGCAAACCCUACCUCAUAUAAUGCAGUAAUGAUUACGUACAAACAUUUAACCAUUUUGAUCAAGCAAUAUCCCAUAGAGUUAUUAGAAAAAUAUCUAAUAUUUAAACUAAUAUUAAAUGAUGACAGAGCU